AUGUCAUCUUCAAACGACCCACACAGUGUUCUUUAUCACUUUAGUCUCCAAGUACAACCUCUGCGGCACUUUUCCGAUUUCGACGGAACAUCGGAGAGUGAGGCGUCUGAAAUUUCCGUCGUACUUCCCUACCAUCCGCGAAUUCGCCCUAAGAAACCGCAACCACUAUCUGAUGGGCCUGUUCGUCGAAAGCGCGGUUCCAGAGCCCUCAGAAGAUACGAAAAUGAGGCCUACCUGAGUUCCCUGGUAAUGAUAACCGAGACGGAUGCCGAAUACGAGGCCGACGACUACUGGCCUGAUAAGGCCCAAGAAGACACAGGUUUCACGUGUCUCUUCGAGGACAGCACGUGA